GAUUAAUCAAGUUCAUUUGACUGAUAGAGAGGAUUUAAAUCUGACUAUCAUUUGGGCUGUUGGUGUUUAUUCUCUUGAAAGUAAAGUUCGUAAAUUGGAUUUGAUAACUGUUUCAACAUCUACUCAUAUUACUAUUAAGAGGGAUCUCGGUUCGAAUAGGUGCCCGUUAAAAGUUUCAUUAGUCAGUAUUGCUCAAGAUGUAAUGAAGGAGUUUAAUAAAGAGAAUACAAUGUUGGAAGCUAUUGAGGGUAUUUUAUAUGUAAAUGCUGUUGAUAUUUCUUAUGUUGAUGUUCCUUCUAUAACUAAGAGAAAAGUAUCAGAUUCUGUUAGUUCACAAGUUACUUCAGAAUCUUAUAAUUUUGUUUGUUCAAAACUUUUAAUUGCUCAUCAAAGUGCUUGUAAGAGUUCUGACAAGGUUUCGGAUAUUGGAGGUUCAGAUUGUGUUAAGACUAUGGUCGAUUUGACUAGUGGUGAUAGUCAUCUUUUAAAAUGUGAGAAAGUGAAAAAUAAAGAUGAUAAUAGCUUAGAAUACGUCAGUUCAUCCAUUAGCGGUUGUUGCUUAUCAAAGCAUGUUAGAGUUGAUGACGAAGCAGAUGAUUACAUUGAGUAUGUCGAUUCUGAUCAUAUUGAAAAUAAAUAUGUAAUUGAGCAUAAUAGUGAAUACGUAAAAGGAAGUAGUGAAAGUGGUGGAAAUGUUGUUUUUGAAAAUAAUGAAGGGAUUAAUUGUAGUAAAAAGUUAAAUAAGGGUAAGGAAAAGGAAGUUCAGUCUACAGUGCAUAAUACAAGACGUAGAACUAAGUCUUAA